AUAAUAAUAAUAAUAAUAAUAAUAUUCGGUGAACCGUCAACAAACAUCUUCAAUGUGAGCAUCAAGAUAGUUUGACUGUACGGAGAUGAAACGUGGAGAAUUACUAAAAUCAUCAUCAAAAUGGUACAAGUAUUUAUAAACAAUUGUUCAUGUAGGAUACUGAUUGUUCGUUGGCUGAAUACUAUGAGCAACAACAUACUAUGAGAGAGAACGAACUAACUUUGAACUGAAGAAGAAAUUAGGAAAGUACCCUGUAGGUGGAUAGGACAUAUAUUGUGGAAAUGAUCAAACUACAUCACGAGUAAAACCCUAACUUGGAAUCCUGAAAGGAACCUGUAAAGAAGAAGACAAAAGAACACACUACAUCGGAAAUCGAAAUCACACAUGAAACAGAUGAAUAACAACUGGACUGAACUGUAAGGCAUUGUUCACGUUAGAGUUGGAUAAAGAAUGCUAAUGAGCCGCCUAAGCACCUCCACGAUGAAUAACAGAAGUAAGUAAGUAAUCUGUAUAUUGUUUCAAUCAUAUAUAUAAUGAUUAUUAAUUCACUUAUUAUCUUUUUAUUGUAUUCACCAAAUAAAAAUUUAAUUUUAAUUUUUAAAAAAAAAAUACAAAUCAUUAAAUUCUGAUUGGUUAAAAUCUUUUUCUCCUACAAAAAAAAUUUAUUUUUUUUCUAAUUUUCAACCAAUCAAAUUCAUCUUAUCGACAAUUUUUUUUUGGUUGUUGUUACUGGGUAAUUUGAACAGACAAAAAUGGUUCCCCGCCCCCACCCCACCCCCCAAAAAAUAAAUAAUUGUAUAAUCUAAUCAUUUCAACUAGAAAUAAACCAAUAAUAGUACAGUUGACAACAAAAAAAAACUUUUAUUCCUUAGUAUAAAUACAAAAAUUUUAAUGUAAAUUAUUCUCUCUUAUUAAUCAUCAUUAAAAUAUAUUGAAUAGUGAAUAAUUAAGUGAAAGAAUUAAUUUAAACAAACAAAACAAACAAGAUAAGAAGUAAAUCUUUUUAAAAGAAGAAAAAAGUAAACAGCAACAACAACAAUAACAACGAUAACAACAGCGACAAAAUGAACACAUCUAUGGUGCUAAUGUUUAUCUUAACUAUUAUUAGUGUACACAUUCAAAAUACAAUUAGUUUUACAGAAGUAGAUGAUUUUGAUGCAUGGCAAAGAUAUCCAAAUUAUGAUUAUCAAAUAGCAUAUGCAAGAAGAUAUCCAGAUUAUCAUAAACGUGGAUUACGUAAUAUGCGUAUGGGUAAACGAUCAAUAUAUGAACGUAUCAAAUCUAUACCAAUGGAAUAGAUUAUAAUAAUUCUUAAUUAUUUAUCAUUAUUAUUGUUUACAGAAUAAUAUUGAACAUAUAAUAAUACUUAUUAUGUUGUUUGUUUAUAUGAAUGGAUUCGAUAAAUAAAGAUGAAGGAAAAUCUUUUUUUUUUCUUUUUCUACAUAAGAUUGUCAACAUGUUGCUAACGGCAUUGACUUAUGUGUUACUAUGCCAUUUAUCUAUCUAUAUACAUAUACAUAUUCAUAUAUAAGAGUUUAUGCUCCAUUACAAAGUAUAUCUAUGUGCAAUAAUUGGAAUGUAAUUAUUAAAAAAAAAAACAUUACGA